AUGGCGGCAGACGGUAAUGGACACCUGGCAGAGCCGGGCAAGAAAGGGAAAGGGAGAGGGAAAGGCGUGAAUGGAUAUGCGAAUGGGCAAGCCGACUCUGCAAAACUUAAGACAGCGGCCCCCAAGCUGAAGAAGAAGCGCCGCUCCACUCUCUUCAGCAUACCUACUAGGCAUUCCGUCAUUUCGCCGUAUCUAGAGCCAUAUUACAACAUAUACGCUGCACCGUACGUUGAUGCAGCGCGACCGUACUACGAAACCGUAGAUCAGAGGAUAAUAUCUCCAGCUAUUAGCUUGGGGAAGAAGUACGGCGCUCCUCGCGUUGCGCAGGCACAAGCAUAUGGCCAUGCCCAAUGGGAAAAGAAUGUGCAACCGCAAGUGUUGAAAUACCAGAGCGUUGCGAGGGAAAAAUACGAUCAAACAUUAGGUCCCCAUGUUGAUAGCGCCAUCGCAGCUACCGCUCCAUACUAUGACAUUGCACGGACAAACGCAUUUCAGACAUAUUAUGGGCAUAUUCUUCCCACCUACCAGACCAUCCGGCCCUAUGCCAUCCAAUCCUACAACAUAUCUAGCCACUUUGUGGUAAAUACUGUUAUUCCGUACUCGAAGUGGGCAUGGACGACCGGAGCCGUAUUCUUGGAUCGGACAGUCUGGCCGAAAGUGCGAAUCCUAUACGGGGAGAAUGUAGAACCACAACUAGUUAGAAUCGGGGAGCGGCUUGGGAGGUACCGGGACGGCAAGAAGUUGAAAGCAGUUGUGGAUGAGGUCGAUAGCUCUUCGUCUAUAUCAUCUAUCUCACAGGUAUCGUCCUCUAUUGAGCCAUCCAUCGAGUCGGCCGAUUCAACAACCGCUGCAUCAGCAACACCAACUCCACCACCGCCUUCGCCCGAGGAAGCCCCACCCUCGCCGCCGCCAACAAACCAGGAGGUGCGCGAGAAAGCUCAAAAGAUCGUUGCCAAUGAUCUUAAAACCUGGCAGGAGAAAUUUGCCAAGGCUGCUGAUGAAGGGUCUGACGAGCUAGAAGAGCGGAUGACUGAAAUCUCAGAAAAACUUAUUGAGAAGCAAGCACAUGGUGUUGGGGAUGCACUUGUCGUGCAGUUGGAAGAGACGGUCAAAUCGAGUCUUCAGGCGCUGAAAAAGGAUAUCAUCUCUAUUGUCAAAGGCUCAAUGGAUAACGAAGCGUCCGAAGAGGCGCUCGCAACUGCAGUCCGUAAGGCUGGUAUCGCAAUUAAACCGAAGGCGCAAGCUGUCCGAACCUGGAGACAAAAUUUCGACCAGGAGACAAAUAUCUUAAUCGGCAAGAUUGCAUCGGACACUUUUGAGAUACUCGAUCAUAUCCGGGACUUGGGCCUGCAAGAGGUUGGCAUGCGAUGGGCCUGGACCGACGGCAUCACGCACAAGGACUGGGCCAAGUACCACAAAUUGAAGGGGAAAUUCGACGAGUGGCGCAUAGAUGUCGAGAAAACUGUCGUUGAACAUCCAGGCCUAGGUAAUGCUCGAGCUGCAUCCGAAGAAAUAGAAAAUACAGCGAUGACGAUCGCUGAGGAAGCCGCAAAGGAGUUAGCACGCCUCAAGGAGACAGGACGGUGGAAAAUAUCAGCUGGCGAUGCUAGCGAUGACUUCAGCACUAAACACAUGCCAGCAGCAGCCGCCUCGGUGAAGCACAAGGUUGUGGAGAAGAUAAAGGAUGCCAGUGAGGCUGUAGCAGCACCCUCAUCUCAGGGCACCAUGGAAUCUGUAGCCUCUGCAGCUAGCUCAUCCGUUGCCGAAGCCAUUUCUUCCGCAUCAUCUACAGCUGCAUCCCAAGUUAACAAUGCCCAGAGCGAAGCCUCUGUUGGAAGCUCAAUCGUGAGCGAUAUUGUUGACGAUGCCGCUGAUUCUACCAUUGAAACCAAACAAGGGAGCGUUGAGAGCAUUGCGUCUGUGGCGAAGGCAUCUGUGAGUAGCAUCGUUGAUCAACUGUCAAGCUCGGUCAUAGGAACAUCUCAGGGUACUGUCGAAAGCGUUGUUUCAGUCGCCACGGAAAGCGUCAGCAGUGUGUCUGAGAAGCUAUCCUCUUCCAUUGUUGACGAGCAGUCAAGAUCCAUGGAGAGUUCCUCGAGCGGUAGUAAAUCCGCUGCUGCUGCUGCUUCAGAUUCUGCUUCGAGAAUCUCGGAUGCCGCAAGCUCAUCAGUUUCCAUUGGCAGCAGCACGCUUUCGAGUGCUUCCUCCGAUGUAUCUAGUUCACUCAGUUCCGCAACAUCGUCUAUUGCAAGUUCACUGUUGGAACAUUCUGAGCAGGAAAAUAGCUCAAUAAGCUCAGCGGCGCCUUCGGCAUCUGACACAGCUUCUAAGAAAGUAUGGGGUGGUGCAAUGGCGCAAGUCGUUGAGGCUAGACAGAUUGUGUACGAGGACAUCAUUGAGGACUCUGACGACGAGACUUACAGUGAGAUGGAAUCUGUCGCUGCGCAAGCAAGCCAAGUCUACAACAACGCCCUCUCAAGAGCUGCGGAGCGUUAUUCUCAGGUUCGCUCUAUAGUUUCGGCGCAGGUAUCGGGUGAACCAAAACCCGUCCACGCAGAGAUGUUCAGCUCUGUCGAAGCCGCGUAUUCAGAUUCGGUAGCAGCUGCAAGCUCCAGACUGCAGGCUGCCAUUUCUGCGGCCUCAACAGCUGUGUACGGAGCGCCUCCAGGCGCAUUAGAAUCGAUUUCAUCAGUGGCACAAUCGCGAUUGGCAGAAGGCCUUAGUGCUGCAUCCUCUCGCUUCCAAGAGGGCAAGGCCUAUGUAGCUGCCACCACUGCUCGUCCCGCUCAAAAACAAAAGCUGCUUCUUCAGAUGCAGGAACAAUAUUAUGCAGGAGUUGGAAUGGCCCAUGCACGUUACUCGGAAUUUAUUGAGGCAGUUUCUUCGGCUGCAAUGCCGACACCAACAACCUUCCAUGAAAGCUUGUACAAUAAAGCCAGCUCAAAUAUCGUCGGCACACCGACUCAUGGAUACGAAAAAGCCUUGAGUACUGCUAAGGCUUUCUACUCAAGCGCCCUGUCCGGCGCUUCUUCAGAGUUUAACCAAGUUCUGUCUGCCGUUUCAUUAGCUGGAUCAACCCAAGAGGUCAUUCCUACCUCGAGCUUGGCCGCAGCGGCAUCAUCGCGAUAUAGCGCCGCGGUUGCCGAAGCUUCAAGUUCCUACUCAAGCAUCUCAUCAGUGAUCGCUGAUAAGAUACAAGCGGGGGCAUCCCAAGCAUCCACCGCCAUCAUAGGCAGCGAAACGCCUAUGACCGAAUCAAUUGCAUCACGUGCUAGCGAAAACUGGGAGGCUUUGGUCACCAAAGCCAGCAGCCAAAUAUACGGUGCGGCUACGCCUUACUUCGUCACUCGGCGCCUUCUUUCGGAGGCCCAAGAAUAUGCGGCUCAAGUUACCGAUGCGGCUGCUUCUCAGUACUCCGCUGUUCAGUCUUUAGUCAGCGAACUUGUAUCCGGCAAGGAGCCUGACUUUACAGAAAGCGUUUACAGUAAGCUCAGCUCUGCAUAUUACACCGGUGCUAGUGCUGCAGCAUCUUCCGCGUCAUCGUAUGCAAGUGAGGCAUACGCAUCAGCAGCCUCAGUCGUCGGGUCCGCUUUCAUCCCUCCCCCAACCAUCGAAGCCAUCCUCGACUCAGCUUCGUCACGAGUCCAUGACGUAGUAGAGGCAGCAAGUGCCCAAGUCUACGGCACGAGCACAGGUUACGCGGAAGCAGCCUCGAGCUCCAUUGCUGACGCCGCCGCAUCUGCACAAAAAGCCAUCUCGGAGGCAAUUUAUGGUACUCCCACCGGCGCAUUCGAGUCUGUUACAAGCGCUGCUGGUGAUACUUACGCAUCAGCUUCAUCCGUAGCAGGCGAAGCAUAUUCGUCCGCUCAGGACGCUGCAGAGAGCGCCCAAUCCAGGCUGUCUGGUGCGGUUGAAUCUGCGAGGGCGAGGCUGGCUGACUUCGCGGCCUCGGCUGACGAGGGCGCCAAAGAGUAUGUUAAACAGGCCAGCGAGGGCCUCGAGGAGUUCGCUAGUAGCGCCAGCUCUGCCGUUGGUGCGGCACCAACGGCGAGUGCUAAAGAUGAGCUAUGA